AGAGACAGUGCAAGACAGAGUACAUCGGUACAUGCGUUUCGAAUUUCGAUGCACUUGAAUCCAUCGAUGCAUCUGCACUGCUGUGCAAUGUGAAUUUGUGACUGAUCGUGACCAUUGUGAUUAGAUAUCGUGUUGAAAUUUGCUGAAACAAAUUCUUGAUCGGAAUGUUUGUGUAAACAGUGCUUGUAAUUUCCUUUCCAGCAGAGAAUGCUGCAGCUCCAACCGAUCAAAAUAUAAUACUGUUAAAGCAAAUAUCGAUAAUCGUUUUAAUAAUUAAGAGCCAAAGCGUCAAAGUGGAAUGCAUAGAAUCGAUAGAAUUUGAUGGCAGUUUGAUAAACUACUUGGCGAUGCAAAAAUGUCUUUACAGAAUUGGCCAGUAUUUAGUUUCCUAGAACCUAAAUUUAUUUCAAAAAUUCACAUGGUGAUUGUAUAUGGUAGUUUAGGUAACGAAGCGUUAAUUGUUACCAAGGAUAAAGUGGUAUACGGCGUAGGAAAAAAUGCAUGCGGAUGUCUUGGAACUGGUGACUACGACGGUACUCUUUGCCCAAAAAAAGUCGAUGCGUUGCGUAAUAAAGAUAUAAAAAUUUUUGCUUACGGCAAAGGUCCCCAUGUUCUGGCCCUUACAGCAGAUGGACAGGUAUAUUCCUGGGGGUAUAAUACUUACUACGAACUGGGUAAUGGAACUACCACCCAAGGUUCGAGGCCAGUUCUUGUAGGAGGAACCCUAAGCGACAAAUUUGUUGUGGAUAUAGCCUGCGGAGGUCAUCAUUCUUUGGCGUUAACAGACGACGGAGUGGUUUAUGCAUGGGGUAAAAAUAGUUUGGGACAAGUAGCUGCCACUGUUCACGUAUAUCAAAGUACGCCCAGCAGAGUCCAUUCCACGUUAGCUGAGAAAAAAGUCGUUUGCAUUAGUUGUGGUCAUUCGUCGAGUAUAGCAGUCACGAAUGAUGGAGAGGUUUACAGUUGGGGUUCCAAUGCAACCGGUCAGCUAGGAAUUGGAAAUUAUAUUAAUCAACUGAUACCGCAUAAAGUUGCUCUACCUUCCGGAGUUAUAAUAAAGAAAGUAAUGUGCGGUUACGCUCAUGCUUUAGCAUUGAGCUACGAAGGAGUCCUUUAUGUGUGGGGUGAAAAUAAAUAUGGCCAAUUAGGACUCAACGAUAAAAAAAGUUACAAUUAUCCAGUUAAGUUAGAGUCUCGAAUAAUGGGAAGAAUAUUGGAUGUAGCAACUUCCCAUUAUAAUCACAUAAGCAUAGCAAUGACCGAAGCCAAUCAGAUAUUUCUAUGGGGUCAAUGCCUAGGGCUAAACGUUACAGAGCCGAUACAAUUUCCGGUAGGGUGUAUGCAUGAUGCUCUUGCGUAUUAUGCAUCGCCCGGCGUCAUGCAUCAGCCGCUUAUUCUUCACGACGAAAAGGAAGAAAUGAGUUUAACGGAUUGUCUGAAAGAAGCAUUCGAUGAUUCGAGUACUAGCGAUCUUGUUAUACAAGUGCGAGGAAAACCUAUUUAUGUACACAAAGCUGUUCUGAAAAUACGUAGCCAAUACUUCAGAAGAAUGUUUCGAAAUACUUCUGAAAAGGAGAAGCAAAGUAUUAUUAUAAAACAUCAAGAGUUUUCUUACGAUGUGUAUAGAGCUUUCUUAAAAUAUUUAUAUACCGACCGAGUCGAUUUACCUCCGGAGAGUAUUCGAGAACUCUUAGAUUUAGCGAAUAUUUAUUCCGAGAGCCAGCUAAAGGAAUGCUGCAUGCAAAUGGUGAUGAAACCGAAUACAGUGGACAAACCUGUACCGGCCUCUCUGUAGAGUAGCGCCGCCGUUACAUACAUAUGUACGUAUAACGGCCGGCCGUUGUAACGAGGUAAUAUACCGUACUUUCUAUUUCGUGCGUUUUACUUCGUAAUAUGGAUAUCGUUUAAUUUCUUUCUGAUAGUUGGAAGAGUGUUGUUUUAGAUUUACUUUGAAACGUAUGAAACGUGUGGAAUAAUACAGACUUGAAAUUUUGCUCGACUAGAUGAAUCCACGGUACACUUGAUACGUAGAUACAUAUAUUCUUAAUAAUGUGUAUAUAGAUUCUGUAUAAAACGCGAGACAAACACUGAUUGCGUGAGAUUAUUUUUCGCCAAACCCACGAAAAUAUUCGAAAUAGCGAUAUUAGAUAUGGAAGUGUGUAUUUUAUCGUGUUCGUCUGUUUCGUUCGAUGAAUGUUUAUCGUGUUGUCUGUAUGUGCAAACAAAUGGAUUUAAAUAAAAUUUGUCGGGUACCUGAAGGAUCAUUUCCUUUCUUCCCGUAAAGGAUACGUCAACUUACAUAUUUCGCAAUCGUUGGUACAUUAUUUUUAUUACGAUAUUCUCGAUAUAUACAAGCAGUAAAUUUUUGUUCGUAUAAUAUAUACGUAACUACCGAUUAAUAGUAAUAGGUAAUAAUGUUAUUUAAUAAAUAAUCGUUAUGUUUUGUGUUUAUAUUUAUGUGUGUAGGUAACAUUAAGGUAAUCGGUUUGCUGUUGGGAAAGUUGUGUGUGUGUUCGUUUUGCGCGACCUUCGCGAUUGCACUGCCCGUUGCAGUUUUGAAAAUUCUUCGAUCGCACUAUUUUAUAUUGAUUUUCGUUGAUUGAAAAUUUCGAGUAAUCUUUUGAUUGUGUUUAUUACGCUCGAAUCGUUAUUCUGAUAUGAUACUGAUUAAAAUUUCUGAAUAUACACACGCAAACAUAUAGUAUAUAGAUAUCUUUUUCGGAAACUGUUUCUCAAACGUGUAUAGCUCUUAUCGUUUCGUACGUUGCGAAAGAUUAAAACACUCUAACGCGAUGUUUGCGAGUAUAUUUAUUUUCGUACGAACUGGUAGCCAGGCAAUAUGCAUAUCGAAUGGAGACGAUCAGUGGUAGUAAUUGAUAAUGCAUCGGGCAAAGCAAUCCUAUGGCAACCGAUUGCGGCAAGAAACGUACACGUUUUAUGUAUCCGAUACGCGACAACAGUGAACGAGAAAAUGCGAAUGAUGUCGCUUCGCCUAAAAAAGACGUCGUAUUAAAUUCGGUCAGUUAUUCGGCUAGGAUAGUUAAUUAAUUAUUUCUCUCUCUGUUUCGUAGUUAAUUAGAGCGUAUUUAGGCCUGUGGGCUACUUUUCCAGCGACUCGCUGUGAAUCCCAUUGACAGAAGUAACAUAUUUCUCUCGUCUUGAUGAAAAAAGAUGAACAAAUAAAUAAUUUAAAGUAACGUUUCCGUUGUCUCUUGAUCGUACCAGCGAUCUUUGCGUCUAUUUGUUUCUUUUUUAUUGGACCAGAAUUGCGUUUCGAACUUGAUUUUCGCGUCGUGUCGAUCGCAACAGGAAGCGGACGAACAAAAAAUGUGCUGUUUGUGAUAGAAACGGGACAGAAACGCUGCAUCUGUAAUCGUAUGUGCCCUCGAGUCACGAUUCACGAGAAUCAACACGUAUACAUACCUAUAGCCUGUCCUUUUUUCCCCAAUACAUAUGCCAUUCUUAUUGUUAGUAUCGAGAUAUGUACAUGUACACGUAUUUGAGAUAUUUACAUGAAUUCGUUAUACGCUGAAAAUCGAUCGUUUCGAAUGCAGAUUCGCAAGAUAUCUUGUUCGUCGUUACAGUUAUAUGUAUGUUUUAUAAUUAUCGUGUCUACGAUUGAAAAUGUUGGCGAGUACCAAGUAGUUGUACGUAAGUAUCCCUUUGAAAAUUUCGUUUUUUUGUUUGCGAGAUUGAUAGCACGAACAGUGGUAAUUUUCUAGAAAGCCAGCUGCGCGCAUUGUUAUCAAAAUGGC